AUGUUCAAAAUAAACCAUCGCUUUCUGAAUAUUUUAGUGAAUAACGUGAAAAUACAUCGUUACAAGCAUAAAGAAAAUCAUUGGUCUGUACAGAAGAAAAACAAAACUGGAACCACUCGAGCCUUAGAACAUUUUGAUGAAUACUACACUCCAGUGUAAAAGAAAUGGCCAGAAAUCAGGAAAGCUCUCCUUGGCAAGCAGAAACAUGUUGCAGUACUCAACAAUUAUUCAGACACAGAACCAACAAUAAAAUUCUUGCUGGCCAAAGGUGCACUCAACAAGAACACUUUUGAUCUUGAAAAAGGUCACUUACAAGAUGAAUAUACCAAAAAUAAACGCCAACGUGACCUACAACGAAUUUGGGAAUCAGAGAAGGAAGAAACAACCAAUCCAGAUAUUAAAUCUGUAGAAAAACAAGAAAGUAGUUUUUCAUUAAGUCACAGUCUUGACAAUGCCCAGAUAGACUCUUCUAGAAUUAUAGAUGGCCAUAACUCAACUUCUAUUCUGUAUGAGUUUGUGCCAGCUACCAAAAUCAAAGGCAGAGAGCAUUUCAUUCCUGAAAAUGAGGGUACAAACAUUUAUCAGGAUAGUAACCAAAUAGAAAACUUCAUGGCAGUUGAAGAGGAUACAAUCAGUUUCCCGGAACAUUUGAAUUUUUGUUUUGAAGAAGCGAACGGCACUAUUUUCGCGAAUCCACGACGAGGUUCCACACAAGUCCUUAACUAUUACCUGAUGGACGGUGCGUCAGUACUACCUGUAUUGGCGUUAGACCUUCAACCAGGCAGUAGAAUGCUAGAUAUUUGCUCUGCGCCUGGCGGAAAGAGUUUAAUCGCGCUACAAACGCUCUAUCCGGACUUCCUCCGGUGUAAUGAUCUGAGCAUUUCGCGUACGAACCGCAUCUUUACGGUAAUGAAGCAAUACUUGUACGAUUUUCAAGAGCGAUGGUUAGAUCCAGGGAAGAUCGUUGUAAGUCACGAAGAUGGUAGAUAUCUUCAAGGCGCGGGGUUUGAUAGAGUAUUAGUGGAUGUACCAUGCACAACAGACAGACAUUCGGUCCGUGAGGAUGAUAAUAACAUUUUUCGGGCGGAUAGAGUCAAGGAAAGGCUACAAUUGCCUGAAUUACAGACUGCGUUGUUAAUGAAUGCCCUGCGAGUGGUGGAAGUCGGUGGGGUUGUAGUUUAUUCCACCUGUUCAUUGAGCCCGAUUCAAAAUGAAGGUGUAGUGCACAUGGCACUAAAGAAACUCUGGGAAGAAACUGAUGUUAGGGUCAAAAUAAAGGAUUUAGGACGUUCGUUAGCUCAAUUCCGACAUGUUUUCCACUUUUCCAGCCCAAAGAUAACAAAGUACGGUCAUCUUGUCGUACCUAAUGUGUCACAGAAUUAUGGCCCCAUGUAUUUUUGUAAAUUUCAACGAAUAAAGUGAUUUUUUGUUUGUUUUUAA